GUAUGAGCUGCCUCAGUACGGCAGUCGCAGGAAGCUGAUCUCCCCCUCCGGCCUCUACGAUGAAUAUGGKGAGGUUGUGGUCGACGACGACGGCAGCUACUACUACAGCCCACAGGAGUCUGACGGAGAGUGCAACAGAAAGCGUCGGAUCAAACUGGUGGUGGACCGUGAGUAUGAGACCAGUUCCACUGGUGAGGACAGCAUGUCUGAAACCCAACGCAGCCGCGUAACCUCCGUGCACAACAACCACACUAACGUUAAUGGGAGCAUCUACGUGUCCCAGAAUGGCUCCAUCAUUCGCACCCGACGAUCGGUCAAUGCUUCUGGUCCUACGCACACCACCAGCGCCACGAACAAUCUCAAACUCAGCUCUCCCAUCUUCAGCUCGCGGCUGUCCAAGCACUUUAAAAAACUUGAUAAAAUGGCCGCCACGUUGGAGGAGAGAGCACCGCUGAACAGCCCCAACACAGCAGCAGACGGUCGGUGCAACACGCUGCACACCUUCCAAAGCUUCGGGAAGGCCACCCCCACGUCGGCCACUUCCUCUUUUACGAACAGGGACAACAAUAAAAUGCUGAAUGUGUUAAACACACGACAAUCCAGCGUGUCUUUGGGGUCAACCAGCACCAGUAACACGGGCCCUGAAAGCGUAGUGUCUAAAUGCGACAUGCACACAGAAGCAUGCGGCAGCACAGAGCAGCCUGAGAGCACAGCGGGGAAAGAUGAGCCGAAAGAAGGCGAGGCGGAAUCUAAGAUCGACUGCAACAGUGACAUGGGAGUCAUCGCCCGGGAGCCGCUGGAGUGUCUGAGUGACAGAACGCAGUCGGAUGAGGAAGAGUUGUGGAUGGGCCCAUGGAACAGCCUUCACAUACCCAUGACCAAACUCUGACGCUAACACCACUGUGCUCGUUCCUCAUUGCCAAGAUCAUUAAAUGUUUCUGAUGUCAUUUCUAUUGAUUAGUUAACAGGGAGGUGUUCCAGGACAGUUCCAAUCCAUCUAAACAAUUGGUUAUCAGCUAACACUGACCUGCCAUGCUCCCAUUUAUAUCAUCCAGAACAUGUAUUUUUAUUUAAAUGUAGUCAUCUGCUAAAAAUUCACAAGGAGCUUUUAUCAUGACAUUCAAAUGGUUAUCCACCAGUUUAAUCAUUAAAACAGCUGUUUUGUAAUGUCUCUAUACCACUCUGUGCAUCCCUACAACCUAAGUGAUCUCAGAGCUGCAGCACCUUCAGAAAACUGGACCUACAGUGAGAGAAAGAAUUAUAUUUCUAUUUUGAAACAGGAAAACUUGAUGAUUCUGUUUUUUUUAGUGGCCCUUUAAGCGACUUGUGUCUGUACGGAGCCAUGCUUUGUUUCCUUCAGUAUCACAGCCACUGAUGCAACUUUUCAUGAACCUGCCUGAUGCAUUUCGUUUGACACGUGGCGUUCCGUCUUGUUCACACUUGCCUUUUUUAUUCUUGUCAAGAUGCUUGGCAGACUCGAUCCAAAUAAAGUUUCAUCUAUUGAACAAAGAAGUCUGACGUGGAGAUGCUUCGUUGUGAUAAUUUAAAAUAAUUUUUCUGAAAAAUGCAUAGCGAUGUCAUGUCGUCACCACACAAGUAGCAGCGUACUGUGAAAAUUCCCAGUCAUCACAAAGCAGAAGCUUAAGGUUUCAAAAUGUUUGUUUUGUUUUUCUUCCAGAGUAUUAUAUUUGCAGUUGAAGCAUGCACCAAUCUGGAUAUUUACAGUAGCUGCUACUGAGGUGGAAAAGUUUUGGCAGAGUCGAUAAGGUUAAUGUAUUUUUUAAUAUGAAAAACUGAAUAAACAAUUGAUUGACUCAAACAUCAUGUAUCUUUGAAAUAACUAGAACAUGUUUUUGUAAGCAUUUGUUUAUUCUUUAUUUUUGACUCAGCUUUCUCACUGUUAAACAUGCAUUAUAUUAUAAUUAAAUCACAUUUUUCUUGAAUUUCUUGUAAGUUAAAACAAAUAGGCUUUUAUUUUAACGUAAAGAUC